UGGAUUUUGGUUGGAUGCUUCUGUUUAGUUAACCUAAAAAAAUCAUGUUUAGUCUCAAACGAAUUUGUUCCAUAUUAACGACUGUAAGAAAUUGUAGGACCAAACAUAAUAGCACCGAGAAUGUUAUUGUGAGUAAAAAACUAGAAAAUUUUCGAAAUUACAGCAGUGGUGCUCCAUUACCAAAACAAAAACCUCCUGGUAAAGGUGUCGGUCCAAUAUCAUGGACAAACUUAGCCAUUACAUCAGUAAUAGGCAGCGGUCUUCUUGCAUUUAUGUGGUAUAUAAAGAAAGAAAAAGAAGAAGCACAAAUGAGGGAACGAAAGCGUAUGUUGGGAAAAGCUGCAAUAGGUGGAAAAUUUGAACUAGUAGACACUAAUGGAAAAUUACGGACAAGUGAAGAAUUUCUAGGAAGCUGGCUAUUAAUAUACUUUGGAUUUACACAUUGUCCUGAUAUAUGUCCAGACGAAUUAGAAAAAAUGUCUGUAGUUAUUGAUAACUUAGAUGCAUCGGAGGAAAUGCCAAAAUUUCAACCUAUAUUUAUAUCAGUUGAUCCAAAUAGAGAUACACCUGAAGUUGUUGGAAAAUAUUGUAGAGAAUUUAGUCCAAGAUUAUUAGGUCUUACUGGCAGUGAAGAUCAAGUAGGCAAGGCGUGUAAAGCAUACAGAGUGUAUUUUAGUUCGGGGCCAAAGGAUGAUGAAAAUGACUAUAUUGUUGACCACACAAUUAUCAUGUAUUUAGUCAACCCAGACGGUGAGUUUGUAGAUUAUUAUGGACAAAAUAAAAAUGCUUCAGAAAUAGCUACCUCAGUUAAAAUAAAUGUAUUAAAGUAUAAUCAAUUGAACAAGAAGAGCUGGUUUUAGUAUAAGUAGUUUAAAUAUGUAAUAAAGUGUCUUUAAUAGAA